CUGACCCUGAGGCGCAGACCUGCAAGAUGCAAUGCUAUGGGGACUUGGUCAACUGUCUCAGCUGUGGGAUCAUAUUGAUAGGACUCGGGCACUUGGUCCAUCACAGGAAGACGCAAACCUCCUAUGGGCGCUACAUGGUACACUCUCCUCCAGCUAGGACAGUCCCAGCCAGACUAGCCUGGUUCCUCCAGGAGAUACCAGCUCUCCUGAUCCCCCUACUUUUAAUGCUUACCUCGCACAAAUCAUCUAUUAUGGGGAAGCACCUGCUGCUCGGGACCUUUUGCAUGCACUACUUUCAAAGGACAUUUGUCUAUUCCCUACUAACCAGAGGACAGCCUUUCCCACUGGGUGUGAUGGUGGCAGCAGGUUUCUUUUGCUCUCUGAAUGGUUUCCUGCAGGGACACUAUCUGCUUCACUGUGCUCAGUUUGAUGAUGAAUGGUCAGCUGACUAUCGCUAUAAAACUGGUUUAGUACUCUUUUACGUUGGAAUGGCCAUCAAUAUACACAGUGACCAUAUUCUGCGUAAACUGAGGAAGCCAGGAGAGGUAAUUUACAAGAUUCCUACAGGAGGUCUGUUUGAAUAUGUGUCUGCUGCCAACUACUUAGGAGAGAUCGUGGAGUGGUUUGGCUUUGCUGUGACCACCUGGUCCCUUCCCGCUCUCUCGUUCGCCAUGUUUAGCCUAAGUUUUAUUGGACCAAGAGCCUAUUACCAUCACAGGUUUUACCAAGAGAAAUUCAAAGACUAUCCCAAGUUACGAAAGGCUUUAAUACCAUUCAUCUUCUGAGAGACAAAGCACCUGGUGGUCAUCUUGUGAGGGCAGACAAUAAAUGAGCCAGCAGCAGAGGACAAGCAUAGGAAUCCACACUCCUAUUGUUGUAUUUUUAAGGAAAUUUUUUCACUAAUUUUACUUCACAAGAAUCUGUUUUGAUUUUGCUUGCAGUUUAGCACAGCAAUCGCUGUAUAGUAUUGUACCAUUUCCAUUAGAACAGAUUAAUUGUUCAGCUCUUCCUAUACAAACUGCUACAAGUUGAAACUUGCAAAAAGACACUGAUAAAAUAAGUAGGUGCACAUAGGAAGAGAUUUUGUGACAAAAGUUUAUUUUACGCUAAUAGUAAACA